AUGACUUCGCGGGAGAGUAAUGCGGCGGUGCCUGUCCGUCGUGUGACAGACCAGCUCGAAACGCCUUCACUCGACGAUCGGGACUAUCGCGUCAUCCGGCUGCCCAACGAGCUUGAGGCUUUGCUGGUCCAUGACCCUGAUACGGAUAAGGCCAGUGCUGCGCUUGACUGCAAUGUGGGCAACUUCAGCGACGAGACGGAUAUGCCUGGCAUGGCGCAUGCCGUGGAGCAUCUCCUGUUCAUGGGGACCAAGAAGUAUCCCGUCGAGAACGAAUAUAGUCAAUAUCUCGCCAACAACUCUGGCAGCUCAAACGCAUACACUGGGCCGACUUCGACCAACUACUUUUUCGAGAUCUCGGCCAGGCCCGCAAACGACCAAGAACCCACAGAUCAGAACCCGUCAGCGCUGAAAGGGGCACUGGAUCGCUUCGCCCAAUUCUUCAUCGAACCUCUCUUCCUUGAAUCUACCCUGGACCGAGAGUUGCGCGCUGUUGAUUCAGAGAACAAGAAGAACCUCCAGAGCGAUCAAUGGCGUCUGCAUCAGUUAGAGAAGUCGACUUCAAACCCAAACCACCCUUAUUGCCACUUUUCCACGGGAAAUCUGGACGUCCUGAAGAUCCAACCCGAAGCAAAAGGCAUCAACGUGCGCGAGAAGUUUAUGGAGUUCCACGACAAGCAUUAUUCGGCCAACCGCAUGAAGCUAGUUGUUUUAGGCAGGGAAUCUCUCGAUGUUUUGGAAGGCUGGGUAUCGGAGUUCUUUGCCGGCGUGUCGAACAAGAACCUCUCCCAGAACCGCUGGGAGAGCGAGGCGCCCUUCAGGAAGAGCGAGCUUGGUAUCCAGAUCUUCGCCAAGCCUGUCAUGGAUUCGAGAGAGCUCAAUCUCUACUUCCCCUUCAUGGACGAGGAACGCAUGUACGAAUCGCAGCCCAGCAGAUAUCUCAGUCACUUGAUUGGCCACGAGGGUCCUGGCAGCAUCAUGGCCUACGUCAAGGCCUCAGAACUACCAGAGGAUCACGAAAAUCUUCUUUCAGAGAAGUGGUACGGCACAGAGUACCGCUACGAGGACAUUCCCGCCGAUUUCCUUGCGGAAAUAGAGAAGGCGGCGGCAUCAGGCGCUAAGGACAGGUUGCCAGAGCUACACCUCCCGCACAAAAACAACUUCAUCCCCACGAAUCUCGAAGUCGAAAAGAAGGAAGUCAAGGAGCCUGCCCUUGCUCCCCGCAUUGUCCGCAACGACCAUUUGGCACGCACCUGGUUCAAGAAGGAUGACACCUUCUGGGUUCCCAAGGCCAACCUAGUCAUCAGUUGCAGGAACCCCAACAUCUAUUCAUCAGCCGAGAAUGCUGUCAAAGCCAAGCUUUUCACUGACUUGGUCCGUGACGCCCUCGAGGAAUACUCCUACGACGCCGAGCUCGCCGGUCUACAGUACAGUGUUGCACUUGAUGGGCGCGGCAUGUUCCUUGACCUUAGCGGUUACAAUGAUAAGCUGGCAGUGCUGCUGAAACAGGUUCUCGUCACCAUCCGAGAUGUCGAGAUCAAGGACGACCGGUUCGACAUCAUCAAGGAGCGUCUUCACCGGGGAUACAACAACUGGGAGCUUCAGCAGCCUUUCAGCCAAGUGUCCGACUACACAACGUGGCUGAACUCGGAACGUGAUUAUGUCGUUGAGGAAUAUCUCGCCGAGCUCCCCAAUAUCAGCGCCGAGGACAUUCGGCAGUUCAAGAAGCAGAUGCUCGCGCAGAUGCGCAUCGAGGCCUACGUACACGGCAACAUCUACAAGGAGGAUGCCCUAAAGCUGACUGAUAUGGUCGAAACGAUACUCAAGCCCCGCAUCCUCCCGCAGACUCAGUGGCCAGUCACCCGGUCCUUGAUCCUCCCUCCCGGAUCCAACUUUGUGUACAAGAAGACAUUGAAGGACCCUGCCAACGUCAACCACUGUCUCGAGACUGUAUUCUACGUCGGCGACAAAAGUGACUGGAAUGUGCGGGCUAGAACACUUCUGCUCGACCAGAUAGCCCACGAGCCUGCCUUUGACCAACUGCGUACGAAGGAGCAACUGGGCUACGUUGUUUUCAGCGGUGUUCGUAGCUUCUCAACCACAUACGGAUUCCGCUUUAUCAUCCAGAGCGAGCGCCCCUGCGACUACCUUGAAUCAAGGAUUGAGGCUUUCCUAAACCAUCUGUCUACGAUCAUUGACACCAUGUCCGAUACGGAGUUUGAGGGUCACAAGCGGAGUCUCAUCGUCAAGAGGCUUGAGAAAGUCAAGAACCUUGACCAGGAGAGCAGCCGGCACUGGACUCAGAUUGCCAGCGAGUACUACACAUUUGAACUUGCCCAGCAAGAUGCCGAACACAUUAAGAAAUUGACCAAGGCCGACAUGAUCGAGUUCUAUCGCACAUUUGUUAAGCCUGGCUCAGCAUCCCGAGCCAAGGUCUCGGUGCAUCUGGUUGCGCAGUCCUCGGCCGAAUCAGAUGAGAAGAUGACGGAGUUGCUCCAAAAACUCAGCCUUGACAAGACGGCCGAGACCAAGGUCAAGGCAGCACUGCUACGUCCCGAGAUGAGGAACGACACAGAGAACCUCAAGUUGUAUCUCCAGAGCGAGCUGCAAUUGCCUGAGGAGAAGGUCUCCACCGUCAUUGCUGCCGCGCACGACCCGAAGACAGGACCGAAGGUAAAUGGCGUCAAGGAAGAAGACAAGGCUUCGGUCGAGUCGAAGCCCCAGAUCAUCACGGACGUCCGUGCCCACAGGGCCAGGCUUCAGGCCACAUCAGGAGCCCAGGCUGGUAAGGAUCUCAGCGAGUAUCUGGAUUUGGACGCCAAACUGUGA